AUGGCAGAAUCCUUUGGCAAAAAAAGAGUGCAUUCAAAUGCUAAAAGUGAAGAUGCAAGCCGUAAAACUAGAUUACAUUCACAGCCAGAAUCACAGUCUACCUUGCUAGUUGAUUGGGGUCGUAUGCAUGGAGCGAAUAUUGAAAACGUUGAAAUUAAAGAAACGGCCUCUGAUGAUGAUCGAAAACUGACAAGAGGCGCAUAUGCUUCCAAAGACAUUCCACCCAACUCGGAAAUAUGUUUUAUUCCUAGCACAAUACUUUUAUCAGAAUCUGAUGUGCGUGCAUCCGAGAUCGGCAAAGCAAUACUAACUUACAUUGACGAGCAUCAAGAUGCAAAGCAAAAAAUCUCUGACAAGAUCAAGCAUCCACACGCAGAAAUCUUGCUUGCCAUGGCCGCAUUCAUUGUACACCAGGUCUCGCUCCCAACAGCAGACUCGCACUGGCUACCGUACCUCGCCUCGCUACCAAAAAAUUAUGCCUUGCCACUCAUGUGGACUCGAGAUCGUAUUCAGAAUCUUCUUGGUGGAACGUCAUUGCUGUAUAUGAUGAUAGAACGAUUGGAAUGGAUCCAGAAUAGCACAAAAGUGGUCGAAAAUGCAUGUGGCCAUUACUUUCCUACUGGCGCGCUUACUGUUCAGUCUAUGCAAUGGGCAACCUGCUCUAUCUGGAGUCGUGCGUUUCCAAAAGCUAAACCAUCCUUGGAUCUACAAGAUGGUAGCCAUCAAGACGUUCAAGACUGGAUCGGGCUAUCCGAGAUCUGUCUAUUUCCGAUUUUAGAUAUGUUUAAUCAUAAACGUGGGUAUCGAGUAGAAUGGAGAAUGACCGAAAAAGGUGUGUCAUUUAUUACUCCCGACGGCAUCUGCAAAGGAAGCGAGCUGCUGAACAAUUAUGGACCAAAAGGGAACGAAAACCUGCUUAGUAAUUACGGAUUUGUUAUUGAAAAUAACCCAGAAGACUAUUUCAAGGUGUUUCUUGGUCUGCAACAAGAGGAUCCACUUUAUACAGCCAAAAAAGCAGUUCUUGAAGUAGUAUCAGAAAACGACUUAUCUCAUUUGGUAUUCCUUAAAGAUGAUCUGCCAACAAACAUGAUUUCCAUUUCACGAGUACUUGUAGCUAAUAGCUGGGAAUUGGCGAUUUUGGAAGCCAGAUUGACAUCAUCCACAAAAGUAUCCCCACACUCCACUCCCAUCUGCCUCCACAACGAAAUCCUUGCGCUCUCUACUCUUUACAAUCUGUUGAAUAGUAAACUGAAAGUAUUGAAAAGUACGACGCCAAAUUAUGAACAAGAUACAAUCGAGUUUCCAAAUGAUGAUGAAGCGCGUAAACUUGUACACAUUUACCGUGCAGGACAACAGUCGAUUCUUGAGCAUGCAAUCCAAAAUACACGGACUUUGGCCUCCAUGACUAGCUCAUGCCAUAAGCAGUAUGAAACACUAAGAGAAUAUAUUGAUGACUGUACGAUCCAUUUGCUCAAUCCACAUUUGAGUCCGGGUAUUGUAGAUUUGAUGGCUGCUGUGUCAUCCCUGCGUUGGAAUGACAAUGAAUCGGUCACAGAUGAGGAGGACUGGUUCGACUCUGAUACCUGGCUGAUGCUGAUUCUUGCAAAUGAAAUUAAACAAGGCGCUGGCUCACACUGGAGUCGGCAGCUCGCAGAUUUAGUUUGUCAAGAUCAAGUCAGGCAAAAACAUCUUGGUGAAAUCACCCAGGAUAUUCAAGAUCACUUUAGUGAAAACAUUCGUCCUAGACUAGAUGAAUUAGAGGGAAAGAUUUCUGAUUCGCUGUGGAAGAUUGUUCAACAUAUCAACGAUCAGGACAAGUUCGUUACAGCAGCCUGUGCUUUUGAAUGCAAUGGUGCAACUCUAGAAUCAUGCUGGGUAAACGAUAUUAAAAACAGUUGUACCGAGUCUUACGAUGAUUCCUUCAUCACUGCAAUUGUAUUGGACUGA